CUUUCGCCUUCCUUCCAGCUGUCCUUCAAAGUCGUCUUCAGCAACGCUCGUCAAUUUCUCAAGGCGUCAUCUCCUCUCACUCGACCAGCCUUCGCGCAGCGGCAGCAUUCUCCCCGCGGAAGCCGUUCCGCUCCCCGCGCCAGCAUGGGCAUCGAGGACGGCCUUCCCGACGACGUGCGCGUGGUGGUCGAGAAGUCGCUGCCGGCCGAUGCGUCUGCCUUCGGUCUUGGAGCAUUCGCGGGCACGAUGUUUAUCCUCUCGUCCUACCUCGCCGGGUGGGCGCCGGACGUGACGUGGGUGACGGUGGCGCUGUUCUACGGCGGGUUGGGGCAGUUCGUGGCGGGCAUGUGGCAGUACAAGCGCAACUGCGUCUUCUCCUCCACCUCCUUCUCCACCUACGGCUGCUUCUGGCUCUCGCUCGGCCUCUUCUACUGCUUCAAGCUCUGGGGAUGGUUGCCGGCGGACUACGACGUGUCGGGCGCGGAGGCGUGGUUCCUGGUGGCGUUUCUGCUCUUCAACACGUACAUGCUGGCGGCGGCGUUCACGCUGUCCGUGGUGAACGUGGUGGUCUUCGGCCUCUACGAGCUCACGCUCGUGCUGCUCAUCAUCGGCGACUUCAAGGGCCAACCCGUAGACGGCGGCGCCUCCUGGAUCACCGCCGGCGGAUACGUCGGUGUCUUCACCUCCGUCUCUGCGUGGUAUGCAUCCUUCGCGGUGCUGUUUAAUGGCAUGGUCAAUCGUGAGAUCAUGUAUCUCGGCAAACCGCUGAUCUCGCUCAAGCAGGAAUAACUUCCGUUUCGCCGGAAGCUGGUCGUUUAGCUUUACAUUGCUGUAGGAUGAGGCAUGCAGACGAUAGGCCAAUCGCGGCCGCCACCCAGUGUAGAUGGUGCAGGGUUCU